UGAAAGUGACAAUGUCCAAAAAACUUAUUUUGACGAAAACAAACAAAUAUCAUUUAAUUAUCCACAAGGAUUUGAUCAAUUUUUUCCAUCAGAGUACAACAUUCUUGGCUUAGACUCAUCAAAUCAAAUCCAAUUUCCACUAACAAGCUAUGGUUUUAAUGAAUGGCAGUCGACAGAUAAAUUGGAGACUCCUCCUUCUGUAUCUGCAUAUGGAGAGCAGUCGACGGGAAAAUUAGAAAAUUCUUCUGAAUUAGUUGACCAUUCUGUGCAUUCAGUGGAAAAUGUAGAAAAACCCAAUACACUGAUUAACGAAAAGCAGCAGUCUGAAAAGUUAGUUAAUUUAGAUUAUGAAUCAUUAUGGAGCCUUAUAACAUAA